AUGGUGGACUAUGAAGUGACAGUGUCUACUGACAAUCGUCUUCAAGCCACGACUUUGAAUAACAUCUACCUUAAGCUGGUGGGCACUGAUGGGGAGAGCCAACGCAAAUGGCUGAUGGGCUUAAAAGGAGCCACAGCCUUCAUCAGAGGAGCAAGCUGGACAAACAGCGCCUGGUACUUUUACUACAAGGAUGAUGGACUCAGACUUUGGGAAAUCAUACACAGGUUUGUUGAGAGAGUCCUAGGCCACUACUACAAGAGUGACACCGAUGUCCAGAAGGACUCUGAGCUGCAGAAGUGGAUCUGGGACAUCUUUGAACAUGGCUUCCUUUCUCAAGCUAGCACAGGAAUUCCACAGGGAUUUUCCACCAUGACUGAGUUGAACAAGUUCGUCACCAUGGUGAUCUUCACUGGUUCAUGCCAGCAUGCAGCUGUGAACUCUGGACAGUAUGACUAUGGUGGCUGGAUGCUCAACACUCCCAGCACCCUGCAACUUCCUCCACCUACUAGAAAAGGAACAACAAGUGAGGAAACGAUGCUGCAGACAUUUCCUGAUGUCAACACAACAGUUCAGGGCAUGUCCACAAUGUGGCUGCUCAGCAAACAGUCCUCUGACUUUGUUCCUUUUGGUGAGUACCCAGAAGAGCAUUUCACCGAGGAGAUUCCCUGUGAGCUGAUAAAAGAUUUUCAAGCAGAGCUGAAAAAGUUAAGUUCUGACAUCAAAGCCAGAAACAGCACCUUGAAACUCCCAUACCUGUACUUGGAUCCAACAGCGCUAGAGAACAGUGUGGCUAUUUGAGGGUCAGAGGUUGGGACAUCAACUUCACUUCACUCAACUUCAUGAAUAAAGCAAUAAUUGCAAGAACUGCCUGUUCUUUAUUUUUGACGCUAUGAAUGCUUUUUUAUAGUAUAAUGUUUUUAAUACCUUUUUAAGUUUUUGAUUUUUGAAAAUUGAAAUUUGGGGCAAUUUUUGGUAAAUGUUAUUGGUUUGAGUAUUUAGAGCCCCACAAAUCCCAUGGUGGGGGUUUAAAAUGUUACUGAUAUCAGAGGAUGAAUCUUUAAAUCAAAAAGACUCUCUAACCUGUUGCCACUGACACAAUUUUUACACGCAUAUAUUUUAAAGCCAACUUUACAUCUUCUCUAUCAACAUUUAAACAGUUCCUGAAAUUUCCCCCUUUGACUGUAAUGUUAUUUUUCCACUCUCAACUGUUAGGUAUGUUGAAAAAAAACAAUCUGCUUGAAAUCAUAAACCUAAGUUAGCUUCAGAUAUUGACUACAUUUUGCUUGCUUUACUUGUGGUUCAGCUAAAUUUGAACAGUAUCCAGCAACAAGCAUUUAAACAUUCUCAGAGCAUUUCUUUUUUCAGAAAAUGCUAUUUUUAAUUCCUUUUUUUAAAUGCUUGCGGUGGAAGGAUUUUUUGUUGAUCAGUUACUUUGCACAGUCUUUCAUUAAACUGUGGUGACAAAUUACAUCCCAAUGAACAUUUUAAAUCGCUUUGUUUUACCCUGCUGUAAUAGACAUGGUAUCAGGAAUUAAUCUAUGAAUAAGUUGCUACUGAUGCUUUUUCUGCAUUAAUAAAUUCUUGUUUUUUGUCAGUU